AUGGGGGCUCAGCUGGAUGGGAUUGGACUGCAGCGACACCACCAGGUGCUUGCCCCCGUCUGUGGCAAGUGGCCGCCAGCUACCAGCUCCAAGUGGUGCAGGCACUUGCAGGCCCAGGUGCUGGCUGUCAUCGGCUUCUGCCUUGUAGCGGUCAGCGGCGGGGAGGAGAUCGAGACUCUGGCGCCCAAGGCAGCAGACAAGGUCGAGGAUUCAGUCACCACCAAACUGACGCCCAGCAUCGCAGAGGACCCCAAAAGUAAGACGGAGAAGCGGGACUCAUCAGAUCAGACAGGAGCCAUCUUCCCGGGCAGGCCCACAAAGGAUACACCAUUCCGACCCAUCUACCCUUCGGCCAACUUCUAUGAGGCGCCAACGCAAAUCUUUGGACCCACGACCGUUCGCUACACGGCAGCGGAGGCGGCACCGCAAAACUACUACGAUAAGCCGGAGAGCGGAGCGGCAAUUCGAUAUGGCCCCCCGCCAUCAGGACCGUCCGGUGCGGGGGCAGGAUCGCAUAAGCCUCCGGUGCAGUAUGCCCAGCAGGGGCCGACCACGGCGCAUCGCUUCAGCUUUGCAGCUGCACCGCAAGUGGAGCUCUAUCAGCGGCCAGCCGCCACUAAGUCGGUUUCAUUGGGACCGGGAGGAACCCACCAGCAACAGCAGCAGCAGCAUCAGCAACAGAUUUUCAAUUACGGCGAUGUGGAAUCCGAGGGAGGACCCAUUUAUGAACGAGCGGGACCACAGCAAUACCAAUUAACUCUGCCCCACCACCACAGCCACCACAAGUUUCAGCAGCUAAGUGCACCGCGGCAACAGCGCAUUCAAUACAUCAUUGCCAUACCACUCUCCUACAUGCGUCAGCUGCAGCAACAGCAGCAGCAGCAACAGCAGCAGCAGCAACAGCAACAACAGCUGCAACAUCAUCUGUUGGUGGCUCAACCAACACCAUCCGCCAGUCCUGCCAGCAGCACCUCCACCACCUCCAGCACAUCCACUAGCUCUGCACCAGCGUCAACGGCAACGCCGGGGCCUAGGCAUCAUUCCAUCACGCAGCUGUUCGGACCGCUGGCUCGUGAUCAUCAGGGCUUGUAUCGACCCUACUAUCAGUCGGAUGCAGCCAAUGCACCACUGACGGGGAUAGGCACCCCGGCUGGGCCAAGCCCGCCCAGAAACCAGCAGCAGUAUGUCCAGAUACCAGCCAGUCUGCUCCUUGCCGCCGCCCAGCAGCUCCAGCAACAGCAUCAGCAGCACCAGCAGCAGUCCCAACAGCAGGCGGUCUAUGCCAAGGCUGCACCACCACCCACCUAUCAGCAGCUCAUCUAUCAGCCACAGCCACAGGCACCACAGCACCACCCCCAGCUGCAACUUCAGCGUAUCUUCCUGCAACCGCCGCACGCUCAAACAUCAGCUAUCUACGCCGAACAGCCAGGCGGCCCUUUGUAUGCAUAUCCGCUACAUCAACAGCAGCGGAUGAAACAGUCACAGCAGCAGGAGCAGCAACAACACAAAUACACACCGGCAUCGGGAUCCGUGGCGGGGCCAACAGCAGCAACAGCAACAGAAGCAGCAGGAGUAACAGGAGAAGUGGCAGCAACAGCGCCGGCAGCAACAGAACCGGCAACAGCAACACGUCCAGCCGCCCAGCACUUACCCAUCGUGCACUACAAUCCAAUUUACGUGCAGGCACCCGCCGAGCAGCAACAGCAGCUACAGCAGCAGCAGCAACAUCAAUUUGCCAUAUUGCCACGUUUUAGCAAUAAUAACCCAAAGGCCGCUUACCAUCUGGGGCAUGAAUCAACGCCACCGAUUCAUGUUGUCAGAUUGUCAGCGGCUGGUGCCCCCGGCCCGCCCAUCCACCAUUUCCAUCACUAUCAGCCGGGUCCGGGCUCGGGCUCAGUGCCGGUUUUGCAACAACUUUAUCAUGCCCCGCAGCAGCAAUACGUAUCGCCAUAUGCCCAUGCUACCGAAGAAGUUCCUCUUCCUGGACCCGUCUCAAUGCCCACUACGGUGCCUGGCAUGACCCACGCCUCGCCAGCGAUUAUUCCAUAUUUCAGCCAUCCGGGUGCCGUGCAUUAUGGCACGCAUUUGUAUCACCCGGCAGCGGCAGCCACGGCAACGGGAACGGGAACGGGACCGGCAACGGGCUCAACAGCAGCCACAGCAACACUAAGAGGAGGAGUAGGUGCACCAUCAAGCAGCAAGCAGCAGUCAACGGUUGGUGCAGCCGCAACAAGUGGAGGACACUCACCAGGUGGCGGCAACAAUAUUGUGAAAUAUCCCUAA